CCAAAAAAGUUUUGCGAGACCGAUUUGAUCAUCUCGUCGCCAGGAAAAACCUCAUCAAAGUCAUCGAAAUGGCUAAUGCUUCAAUAGCAGGGGGGACUAAUGUUACUGGAACGAAUCUUCAUUAUGCUGACAUUAUUGUCAUCGUUCUAUACUUCGUCAUUGUCUUGGCGAUCGGUAUUUGGUCAUCAUGCCGAAACCGAGGUAGUGUUGGUGGAUAUUUCUUAGCAGGGAGGAGUAUGCACUGGAUUCCUGUUGGUGCUUCACUUUUUGCCAGUAACAUUGGAAGUGGCCACUUCAUCGGUUUAGCAGGAUCAGGGGCAGCUAGUGGAAUUGGAAUCGCUGUAUUUGAAUUGAAUGCUAUCUUUGUGUUGAUGAUCCUAGGAUGGGUGUUCGUCCCUGUGUAUGUGGCUGCUGGUGUUUAUACCAUGCCCGAGUAUCUCCGCAAACGAUUUGGAGGUCAAAGAAUCAGGGUAUAUUUAGCUGUGCUUGCCUUGCUCUUGUAUAUAUUCACGAAGAUCUCAGCUGAUUUGUAUGCUGGUGCUGUAUUUAUUGAACAAUCUUUGAAAUGGAAUCUGUACGCAUCCGUCCUGCUACUGCUUGGUAUUGCAGCUCUGUUCACAAUCACUGGAGGUUUAACUGCUGUGAUCUGGACCGACUUUAUUCAGACGAUCAUCAUGGUCAUCGGUGCCUUUGUUCUCAUGAUUCUUAGUUUCACGAAAGUAGGUGGGUAUCAAGCAGUAAAAGAUGGUUAUUUUGAAGCCAUCCCAGAAACAACGUUGUACAGUAAUGCCACAUGUGGAAUCCCUGCUUCAUAUUCAUACAAUUUGAUGCGAGGAAUGGAAACAGAUCUCCCGUGGACUGGGGCCAUCUUUGGCCUGAUGGUAUCAGCAAUCUGGUACUGGUGUUCGGAUCAGGUCAUUGUGCAAAGAGCCCUUGCUGCAAAGGAUCUGUCGCAUGCUAAGGGUGGGACCAUCCUGGCAGGUUACCUCAAGAUUCUUCCCCUGUGGCUACUCGUCUUCCCAGGAAUGAUUGCAAGGAUCCUCUUCCCAGAUGAGGUUGGUUGUGCUGACCCUGCCAUCUGUAAGGCACUCUGUGGGAAGGAACGAGGUUGCACGGACAUCGCCUACCCAAAGCUGGUGCUCAAUUUGAUGCCCGACGGUGCCCGAGGUCUAAUGUUGGCGGUGAUGAUGGCCGCACUGAUGUCAUCAUUGACGUCCAUUUUCAACAGCGGUAGUACCAUUUUCACCAUGGAUAUCUGGCGAAGGAUCAGGAAGCAUGCAUCUGACAUGGAACUUAUGAUUGUUGGAAGGGUGUUCGUACUUGUCCUCGCGGGUAUUGGUAUUGCAUGGAUCCCGAUCGUACAGAGUGGUGCCGAGCUGUUCCACUACAUCCAGGCUGUUACCAGCUACCUGUCGCCGCCUGUCUGUGCAGUUUACGUUCUAGCUAUCUUCUGGAAGAGAACCAACGAACAAGGUGCCUUCUGGGGCCUGAUGGUUGGCCUUGUGACGGGCCUCAUCCGUUUUGGCUGGGAGUACGCCUACCCACCCUAUCCCUGCGGACAGGAAUAUUUGGACACCAAACCCUCCAUCAUCUCCAGUGUGCACUAUCUUCACUUCGGAUGCAUCCUUUUCGUGAUAUCACUCAUAACGACCAUUGUCAUCAGCUUGUUUACCAAACCUAUCGAUGAUAAAUACUUAAUCCGUUUGACAUACUGGAGCCGCUACGACAAGGGCGAGCGUGUGGAUAUUGAUGAGGAAGAGAAAGAGGGCGCUAAAGUUGCCGCCAUGGAAUUGGAAGGAAGAGACAACGAGGGCAUGUCCAAGUCAUCGUCUGCUGAGGCAGUGGUCGACCAGCCUGGUGACUCGGUGGUGAACAGUCAAGCACAGCUUGCUGGAGAAGGUGAACCUGAUAAAUCCAAGUGCCGCAAAGCAGGGGAAUGGAUCUGUGGUAUUGAGAACCUGAAAGAGGAGGAGAUCAGCCCAGAGGAUCUCAAAAUCCUGACAGACAAGGCCAUGAGCAUCGAUGAGAAACCAAAGUGGCGCCGACUUUGCAAUAUCAAUGCUGUUAUUCUUAUGUGUCUUGCUAUCUUUGUCUGGGCUUUCUUUGCCUAAACUUUUGAUAAAACAGCGCAUUUGUAUUGGAAGGAGAGCUGAUGCAGAUAUGGAAUUUGUGACAAAUCAAAAGUACAGGCAAAAAAAGACUACAUGGAGACAGUUAGUUGUUCACUAAUAAAUCGAAACCUCAAGAUUAGCAGUAUAUCAAAACUGCCUAUGAUAUUGGCAUAGUUUAGAUUAGAUUGUAGUUAUAGUGUGCCAUAGGAAAUUAUGUAGCUUGUUUUAUUACUGGUAGUCAUUUUAGGACUUCAAGAGGGAAAAUGAAAUAAAUUGUUUGUUGAUAGUAAUUUACCAAUUAAUUAGGUGCUGUGUUUAAUGCUGGAUACCUUUGAAGACUGUUUUCUAUCAUUUUGUAUUGCGCAAUUUUAUAGAUGAGUAGGAACUUAAUACAUGUAGCUACAUGUACACAAUGGAAUUCCUGUAUGCGAAAAAAGCACAUUCCACUUCAAAGGUACAAUCGGGUCAGGUUAUUUUGACCUUAUUUUACAACAUAUCGUUCCAUUUGGUAAUGUUAUCAGGGUUUUACCCUUCAUUCACAUUCCAAUGUUUUAGUAACGCUUUAAUUGUUUUUGUCAUACAUGUACAUUAGUUCCAAUAAAUACCAAUAUAUUUUAA